CCCCUGUCACUCUGUUCCCGCUUAUCUCACCCGCCUGUUUGGCGCCACUGUCUUCUUGGAAAUGAGUCAGGGCAAAAGGGGAGGGGGAGCUCAGGUGACCCUCCUCCCACUGGUCCCAUAAAAAGGACUGGGACCGGCUCCUAGACACCAGCACACGUCCUUAGACUGCACAGCGGGACAGAAGGCAUGAUGGCGCUAAGCACUCAAACCCAGGCUGCCUGUCUCCUGCUUCUCCUCCUUGCAGGUCUGAGCAGCAGCACCUAUCUCCAGCGACAGGCGAGACAAACUACAGAGCUGCAGGCUUUGCCCGGGGCAGAAGACAGGACCCACAGUGACAGUGACAGUACGCUCCCGAUGCAGAGAAGAAGGAAGCGAGACAGCAACUUCCCCAUCUGCCUUUUCUGCUGUAACUGCUGUAGAAAUCCCGGCUGUGGUAUCUGUUGCAAAACAUAGAGAGUCCAGAGCCACAUCCUGCCUCUCAACACCCCUGUCUCUCCUCAGCCCCAUUUAUUUAUUCCUGCCCUCCCCCCAGCAAUGACCUUAAAAUAAA